CAUGUUGUGGUGCAACCAGAAAUAAAUUAGUGAAAAUAAAAUUGAAAAACUUCUGUGUUGAGCAGCACGGUUCUAAGCUGAAAAGCUCCAAUCCACUGAACUUUGGAGUGUUCUGAGUGAACGUGGACUCUGAAGACUACUUCCAUGGGUCCUGAGUGAGGCUCAGGCUGACCCUAGAUUGGUGCUGCUAAGGAGUCCCCCCCAGCACAAUGACCUUAGCCCAGGGUGUCCUCUUCCUGCCCCCCUCACCACGUCAGCCUCUCCACACUUGGCGGGGUCUCCAGGCAAAACCCGCAGAAGGGGUGCUCAUGUGCAAGGUGGCCUGGGAAAGAAAGGUCCCUGGAGCCAGCCAGGUCAGGAGCAGCUCCGGGACAGAUGAAUGAGCCCCCCUACAAUCCCAUGGGACCCCUCCCAGCAUCUCCCCACCACCCCUGACUUUCUGCCCUCACAGCUAAACUGGACCCAUUCAGUGAGCCCUGAUUUGAUCUCUGCCUCCACUAAUUUUUCUGCUGGAAAUGAUUUACUAAAGGGAGAAACUACGGUAUUGUGUGACGCGUUUGGGGACCUUGUGGAAAAAAACAGGCCAAAGGCAGUUUGUUUGUUUGGAGGGGUUGGCAGCUGGUGGGUGAAGGUUUGUUUGGGGGGCAGGGCCGAAUGCGCUGCCUGACUCGGAAGGGUUAAUCAGGGAGCUGGUGACGUCAGUCCUGAUCUUUAUCCCCUGGCACUGGGGCAGUGCCCGCCUCCUCACGGGGCUGUGUGCUCAUUGGCUGUUGGCUGGAAGUACAGUGAGCAGACUUUUUUUUUUCAAUUAAGCCAAAGGGCAGGGCUGAGGCAGCCAAUGACAGCUGCGCCCCAGCAUAUCUUGUGCAAGUGUGCCGGGGCCAGGCAGCAUUCCCGGCGUCCACGCUGCCUGAAGCAGCUCCCGCCAGCAUGCUCUGCCUGUGCUUGUAUGUGCCCCUCAUCGGGGAGGCCCAGACCGAGUUCCAGUACUUCGAGUCCAAGGGGCUUCCCGCCGAGCUGAAGUCCAUCUUCAAACUCAGCGUCUUUAUCCCCUCCCAGGAGUUCUCCACCUACCGCCAGUGGAAGCAGAAAAUCGUACAAGCUGGCGACAAAGACCUCGAUGGGCAGCUAGACUUCGAAGAGUUCGUCCACUAUCUCCAAGAUCACGAGAAGAAACUGAGGCUGGUGUUCAAGAGUUUGGACAAAAAGAAUGAUGGGCGGAUCGAUGCCCAGGAGAUCAUGCAGUCCCUGCGGGACCUGGGGGUCAAGAUAUCUGAGCAGCAGGCAGAAAAAAUCCUCAAGAGAAUACGAACGGGCCACUUCUGGGGCCCUGUCACCUACAUGGACAAAAACGGCACGAUGACCAUCGACUGGAACGAGUGGCGGGACUACCACCUCCUGCACCCCGUGGAGAACAUCCCCGAGAUCAUCCUCUACUGGAAGCACUCCACGAUCUUUGAUGUGGGUGAGAAUCUGACAGUCCCCGAUGAGUUCACGGUGGAGGAGAGGCAGACGGGGAUGUGGUGGAGGCACCUGGUGGCCGGCGGUGGGGCGGGGGCCGUAUCGAGAACCUGCACGGCCCCCCUGGACAGACUCAAGGUGCUCAUGCAGGUCCACGCCUCCCGCAGCAACAACAUGUGCAUCGUGGGUGGGUUCACCCAGAUGAUACGAGAAGGAGGAGCCCGAUCACUCUGGCGGGGCAACGGCAUCAACGUCCUCAAAAUCGCCCCUGAGUCAGCCAUCAAAUUCAUGGCCUAUGAGCAGAUCAAACGUCUCAUUGGGAGUGACCAGGAGACUCUGAGGAUUCACGAGAGGCUUGUGGCAGGGUCCUUGGCAGGGGCCAUCGCCCAGAGUAGUAUCUACCCGAUGGAGGUCCUAAAGACUCGGAUGGCCCUGCGCAAGACAGGCCAGUACUCGGGCAUGCUGGACUGUGCCAGGAAGAUCCUGGCCCGAGAGGGCAUGGCUGCCUUCUACAAAGGCUACGUCCCCAACAUGCUGGGCAUCAUCCCUUACGCUGGCAUAGACCUGGCCGUCUAUGAGACACUCAAGAAUGCCUGGCUACAGCGCUAUGCAGUGAACAGUGCAGACCCUGGUGUAUUUGUGCUCCUGGCCUGUGGCACCAUGUCCAGCACCUGUGGCCAGCUGGCCAGCUACCCACUGGCCCUGGUCAGGACCCGGAUGCAGGCCCAAGCCUCCAUGGAGGGCGCUCCCGAGGUGACCAUGAGCAGCCUCUUCAAACAGAUUCUGCGGACCGAGGGGGCCUUUGGCCUGUACCGGGGGCUGGCCCCCAACUUCAUGAAGGUGAUCCCAGCCGUGAGCAUCAGCUAUGUGGUGUAUGAGAACCUGAAGAUCACCCUGGGCGUGCAGUCGCGGUGACAGGCGUGGGGCCAGCUGCCUGCGCAGACUCGCUGAUCCCGGGCUCCCAGCCCUGGGAUGUGUAGCCAUCUCAUUCUGUGAAUGUACCAACACUACGCUGACUGAAGCCAAGCUGUGAAAACCCUGGGGUGCACCCGCAAGUUGGGGGGGACAGAGCUGGCAGGCCCACCGGGUGCGUCCUGCUGACCCCGGCCCACCCGCGUGUCCAUUCCAGGGAGGACCUGUGAGUGUUCCUCAGGGCCCAGGGCUCAGCAGGACAUGGGCCCAAGCGUGUGGGGGCUGAACGCUGCCCAGGGUUGCCUGCAGAAGAGCAGGGCUGGGAGGCUGGCUUCAUCCUCCCGUCGCAUCCUCGCAGCCGGGCCAUUGGCGCGGGCCGUCUUCUGGCCUGCUGAGCGUCUUCCCCAGGGGGCCCACUUCGCUUCCUUCCUCGCUGCUGUUGUCACUGGUAGGAAGAGGGCCCCCUGCCCUCUCCCCACGCUGCUCCUCUCCCCUCAGUCCAUGGGGAAGGGUAGUUGUACCUGAAACCUGAGCCCAGCUUCCCAACCAGCCACUCUGCCGCUGGCUGGCUGGUGCAGGGAAGAGGGCUUCCAAGCUGCCCAGCAGGUGGACACCUGGAUGCACGUGUGCAUGACGGGGGGCCAGGCUGCCUGGCAUCCUGGCGCAUGGCUUCACAGGUCCUGGAACCCAGAGGGCCUCUGCUCCCUGCCACUGAGGGGGCUCAUGAGGCUCUGAGCUGGGCCCGGACUCUGUCAGGACUGGCACCAGCUCAGAACCAAGUCCCUCUGCCCCGCUGGCAUGAGGGCAGUGGGCAUCGUGUCAGAGCAGGAAGGGCCAUGUCUGCCCUGCGUCUGCAUGCUCUGGCAAGAGAAGGAAGAGGUGUUCAAGGCCUUAAUAAUUACGUAUCGUUGGAAGAAGGGUUUUGUUCAGAAAGAGAAGCUGAACAAACAUGCAGGUUCUGGUCUUCCAGAAGGAAGACAGAGAGCCAACAGCUUGGCUGACCGCAUUUAAGUCUGUUUCUGACGCCCCUGGGGACUUGCAUCUGAUCCCCACGGGGGCCAAGUGGGACCACUUCACAUUCCGCUGAUGCAAUGUGUCACACUGCUUGGAGCCUAUUUAUUUUGUAUUUAUUUGAACAGAGUUAUGUCCUAACUAUUUUUAUAGACUCGUUUAAUUAAUAGCCUGUCAUUUUCAAGUUCAUUUUUUAUUCAUAUUUAUGUUCCUGGUGGAUUGUACCUUCCCGGCCCCCAUGAGGUGAGGUGGGGAGAGGAAGCAGGGGGCCGUGGGCGUGACCCUUGUGCCUGUCCAGAGAAAGGCAAAGAAGGCAGAAGGGCCCUGACCACAGAGAGACAGGCCCUUGGCAGGUUAGGGGGCGAGGGGGCCAGCACCCAGGAAGCCUUAGGAGCUGAAGGUUUGAUCAGGGGGCGGGAAGAGGGAGGGAAGCUCCCACUCCGGUGAAGAUGGAAGUCCAAAUCAUUUCUUGGACUGGGGAGGGAUUUCUUUAUUUUCCCCCCUUUUUGAAGGAUAGGGCAGUGAGGUACCUAUCACUGUGAGUUUGGGGGUGAGGGCCGGAGGAGAAGGCCACUAGCUCCCCCCACCAUCCCCUGUGAAGCGGGCUCCCUCUGUCCCGGCCACCACCCCCCCAGCCCACUCCCCCCCUGCUCAAUAAUGCUGGUCUCCGUGCAGGUGCACGGCCACACUCACCGGAAUGGCCCGAUGAGGACAAUUCAAAUAUGAUGCAAAGAUCAAUGCAAAAAUUACUGUUAUAUAUAAAUAGAGUUGUAACUGGAAUUGGUGACAAAGCAAAUUAAGAAAGAAUUGGGAGUUGUCAUCGAAAACAGCCUUCUAAUAAAGUUGUUUAAGAGCUGA